AUGGCCGCCGCUCUCGAUUUUCCCAGUAAUUGUGCGACAAACGUAUACACGCUCAACGAUUUUGGCGAGAUUGCCUAUAUUGUUUGUACUGUAGCCAAUCCCCCAAUUCGGGAUCCCUCAGUCACCAGUAACACGCGGGAAAACACUGUGGCCCGUCUCAGGAGAACAGAGAGACAAUUUAGAGAAGCAUCGAUUCUCGCUGCCCUUGAUGUCGAUGCUCUUCAAUUAUUCACAUUUUACAAGAAGAUCGACAUUGCAAAUGCAAAGGAUCAAAAGACAUUACUGAGCAAAUUCGGCUUCGUCCUUCGGAGCAACACCUGUACCAUCGCCUACAAAACGGCAGCCCGGCUUGCAGACUUGAUGAAACCAGACCAGGGUCGACUAUACCGGCUGUUCACCACUGCAAUAAUCUCGAGCCUCAGGCUUUCCCCAUCAACCGAGUGUGAGGUUCAAUCUCUUGGGCCGAACCUCUACCUGAUUGAAUAUCUACCACCCGCAUCAGAUGUCCAUGAAUUCGAGUCUCCCAGGAGAUGGGUCCUCUUUCGUGUAGAUCUCCAGGUGAUUCUGAGUGGGCACAUCAUUCUGACUAUCGCUAGCAACGAUAACUUGUCAUUUGUGCGGCUGAGAGAAGCUCUGCGACAUGGUGAUUAUGCUCCCAGAACGACAAAAUGCAUGACCCUUUAUCUGGCCCCCAUUGGCAGCGUUGCCAGACUCACGGGUCCCAAUCUGGCGAGACUUUAUUCUCGAAUCCAGGAUGGCCUAGAAGCCCCAGGCCAUGAAAUCUCGAGCAUGGAAGAGGAUGCCUGGAAAGAAAUGCUUCCUUGGUGGCUUCGCGAUCAAAUGAAUUACACGAAUGACCCCAAAAAUGUUCCCUGGGUAGAAGUACAAAUCCCUAUUCAAAAGGCCGACAUGACAUGGGACGACAGCUCACUAGACUCUUCUCCGGAUUCCUUGACGUUCGAGUCAAUCUCCUGGAAGAGUAUUUUUUGGCCUGCCAACCUCUGCUUCAUAUGGGACAGGGAGAAAGGGACGCCACGGGGUGCCAUCCACAACAUCGAAGAUCCCCUCCAGUUUGUCCAGACCUGGAUCACCGGCGCUGCCGGUGGACCUGUCACAGAUAUGUCACAAAAUCACCAGAACGCAUUCGAGGACGAUGAAGAACCCUUGUUUACCGAAGACGGCACCUUUGACGACCCUGAGCAUUUUCAACCGUUUGGCCCACCAGCAUUUGCAGCGAGCCAGACAAUAUAUCCCACUCCUCCGGAUGUCAUCAUGACCCAUACCACGCCUGGCUUGUCUGUUGACUGCAUCCCGGUGACACCGGGAAAUAUAGCUCGUGAAAAUGCGGAGCUCCCCCAAUUGCAGGAUGAAGAGAUGCCUGAUUUUGAGGUCCCUCAUUCCUCCGGCGCAGGGCCGGGAUAUUACGACGAGGAUUUGUUUGAAGAAAUGCCGGACGACAACUUUGGGCAAGAAGGAACCGGAGAUGAACCUAACUGGGAUUUCUUCGAUCAACCCGGUAUGGAUUCCAAGGAUGUCCCUCUGGGUGCCCCACGACAGAUCAAUGAAAAUCCCGUGGAUGGCGUCGUCGGCCAUGACGUUGGCGCAAGCAGAACCAAGAUCACCGAAGAUUUUGACCUGUCGCCGACCGACCAGAGAAGCAAAAAUGAAGACUUGGAAGCCAUGGUGGCAGACAAAAAGAGUUCAAAGACUCUCGGGCAAGGGGGAAAUUGGUCGCACAGCACCAGCAUAAUUGGUGGCGACUCGAGGGCCCUACAACCCGUCCAAUCACGGUCUCCCGAUCAUCACGUCGCUUCCGACGAGCCUGCUCAGAAAUCGACUCCGCAAGACAAGGCUACACGUCGACGUUCUAGUGUGUACGACGGGCUUCAAUCUGUUGCAGUUGCUUCCGACCGGGAUAGCAGAUAUACGUCAAAUGGCGCUUACUGGUUUGAUCCCAGUCCUGCGCUCACCAAUCCAAAAGCUGUCAAGAAACAGAAUGCGAUCUAUCAGAUUAUUCCAACCAGCCCUUCAGGAAGCGAUGGUAGCUCAAUGAGCAGCCGUCCCAUGUCACUAGACCACGGAAACACAAAUAUGUGGACGCCAGGACUUCCAAGGCAAUGGACCGAAUAUCACGUUGAAUCACCCAUCGAGCAGAAUCUACACAACGACGUUGAGAAGGCCGCUAUACAACGAGACAUACAAAAGGUCUUAAAUUCGCUCCCUACUGGGCUCAAGGUUCCUCCUUCAACCCUGGAUUUCAAUCUAGUGAAGCAAAUUCGAGAGAUUCCAGGCAUCUCAACUCAGAAAUUCUUACAGGUCGCUCACAUUUUGGUCGAUCAAGUCUCCCAAACCUGUCUUGUUCGUCACACCGGAGAUCCUCCUGGCCAUGAACCGAUUCCGGAUGACCAUUCAUACGUCCAUGCCGAUCUCAGUGGGAUGAACACCUCUGCAUCUUCAUCCAGCUUACACCAGCUCGUGAAUCUCAGGGUCGAUAACAAUCAAUCCAGGCCCCAAGGUCGGAUUCUUAAACUCUUCUCACCACAGAUACAUGUGAGACGCGCUGAACAGCCAUUGACCGCGUCGACCUCGAUUCUAGGGUUCUGGGAUGUCCUCAAUCUCCAACCUGAGCACGGAGCCAAGGAUGUCACUGCAUUUUGUAUUCAUCCAAAUGCGCAAACGGUCGCAGAUGGCUGUUCCAACUUCAUGCAACGGAUGAAGGAUGCCUACUCAGCCUGUGCUCUCGGCAAUCACCACCCCGGUAGCAUUGCCGGGUUGACCAAUGAUGAUGGCCUUUUGGCAUGGGCCACCAACGAACCACACCAGGCUAAUCUUCGUUCAAUUUGCAAAAGGCUGGGAGAUGCGCUAUCCGCAGCCUCGGAUCUGAAAGGCAUGAUAGUGGUGUACAUGACGAGCCAAUCCGACAGGAUGACGGACUAUCUGGAGACAUGUUACGCAUUCUAUACGCUAUUUGAAACAUUUGCGCAGUCAUCUACAGACAAGAAAAAUGUGGUGGACAUUGCGCUCCAAAUCAUUCCUCUCGACUUUGUGGCAGACGGACAAACUCUGAUCAUUCCUCCACAGAGUGACUAUAUCAAGCUAGCCUUGGAAGUGUACAAUCGAUUGCCUCCGCCUCACCCAGAAGCGGCACCAGGGACCUGUGGUUCCGCAGUGAGUGUUGCAGUGGCGGAAACGUCGGUCCAUUUUCGACUUAAUACCGAGGUCAGCUCACCUUUGUUCAAACAUGGGCGUCUUCUGCACGUCUCAUACUCCAUCAGUGACGAUGAUCGAUGGAUUACGGCUGCCUGGACCGAUGAAUGUGGCAAACUAGCUCUCACGAUGUCCUACUGUACACAGAUAUGGAGGUCGAGUCCCAGACGGCAACGACGGGAUAUUUUCAAGGAGAUAUGGGAAGUGUCACAUGAUCUCAUAGGCAAAGAGCAAGGUGCCUGGCGCUUGUGCGUCGCCAAAACCGACUCCUAUGAUUCUGAUGAACUCGGUGAAUGGCGCCAUGUGGUUGACGGAAAUCCCACCUCGAAGAAGCGAUGUACGCUGGUGCUGCUGUCGGUACGCUUGCAUCCACUAUUGAAAUUGAUACCACCAUUCACUCAGGGAAGAAAUGGUCCAAUGGGCGGCCCAAAUACGUACGGCACCCCGGCAUCGACGCCGCAAACCAGCAUCACGUCGCCCGACCAACUGGUUCCAGCCACACCGACACCUGGUGGUAGUGGAAUCGUGAGCGCACCGACCCCGCCAGAACACGGGUAUGAUCCCAACGUCGAAAGCGAUCUGACACUGGUGGACCCUGCUGAAGAGAGCUGGUCCAUUGUGCUACCAUAUGGCAUCAACCAAACAUCAAAUGUGGUGGAACUUCGUCCUUCGAUGCUCACAGGACUGUUGAUGAAGCGUAAAGGCGUGAAAGGCGAAGAUGGCCAUGCGUCAAUUGAAGUCAGCUUGUUCAAUUUGAUCCCGUCAGCCCCUGCUACGGAAGAGCCAUGGAUGGAUGAACUUCUGGAAGAUAUCAUCAAACAAUAUCGGGGGCUUGUGACUUUGAGUGUCACACGAGGCUGCAUCGAUGCGGGCCUCGAUUGCCUUCCAUGGCACGUCGCCACGUCGAUCCGUGGUGCGCGCGUUCUGGGAGAGGUGAUGUGA